UACUAAUGGCGCAUCCUGCUUAAGUGCGCCAUCAGUAGUUGUAACUACUAAUGGCGCACCAGGUAGUGGGUGCGCCAUUAGUAUCCAAGAUGUUCUACUCGCACCAGCUCCUCGCGCGGAAGGCGCCGCUCGGCCAGAUAUGGAUGGCCGCCACGCUCCACGCCAAGAUCAACCGCAAGCGCCUCGACAAGCUCGACAUCAUCAAAAUCUGCGAGGAGAUCCUAAACCCGUCGGUGCCCAUGGCGCUCAGGCUCUCCGGGAUCCUCAUGGGCGGCAUGGUGAUCGUGUACGAGAGGAAGGUGAAGCUUCUCUACGAUGAUGUGUCCCGUCUUCUGAUUGAGAUCAACGAGGCAUGGAAGAUCAGGCUGGCCGUGGACCACACCGUCCUCCCCAAGGGCAAGGCUCAAGCCAUGAGUGCGCUCUCUGUCUCCAUGCCCUUCUACAAGUUUCUGAAUGUGCUUGUGUCCUGAUAAUGCGGAGCCGGCGUCCAUUUCUCUCUGGAAUGGGGUUUUCUUUGUGUGUUUGGACCGCGUGGUAUUAGCCUGAUGGUUUGCAGGGUACCAAGGUGGCUGUAUGUAUGGACAGCUUAACUUUGUCUGUUUAUGAAAUUUCUGAGAGGCUCGAUAGCAAUGCAGUCUCUGUCAGCUUGCUUGUUACCAAUUGGUGUGUUCUGCAUUGUACAGUAUUGAGUUUACGAUGAUAUGUGAUUUGCGAUGUUUUCA